AUGAAUCGAUCUUUUUCUGGAAAUCAUUAUCCAUCUGUUCAGUCAAUUGCAGUCAUUCGUCUUAUUAUUCCAUUCUAUAUUAUAGCCAAUUUUUUGCCACUAAUUACAAUUGCUAGUGCUAAUAUUACUUCAAAUACUGCAAAAAAUAUCCCGAAUCCUCGGAUCAAAUCUAUUCCAACGGUCAAAGGUUAUCAAAAUAAGACUGAACGAUCACAUCGUAAUACGAAUAAUAUUCAAAUCGCUAAUUCACAAUGUCCAAAUUUUUGCGAAUGUGAACAUGUCAUUUGGGAUGAUGGUACUACUAUUGAUGGUACCAUGGAAAUUUCCGUAUAUUGUCAUCAAGGUGGCCUGGAACAAAGAGCAUUUUCGAAACUUCUCAAACAAAUUCCCAAAGAAGUAACAGUAUUGGAUGUUGAAGCACCAUUAAAUCAUCCAAAUAAUCUUCUCUGGGAUGAUAAUUUAAAUCAAUUGCGACAUUUGCGCAUUCUACGCCUUAUUAAUUGCGGUAUUCCAUCAAUAAGUCGUGAUUUAAAAUUACGCUCAUUGGAAAUACUUGAUCUACAAGGAAAUCGUAUUCAACAUUUACCAGUUUCAAUAUUUUCUGGUAUACCAACUAUACGUGAGCUUAAUUUAGCUAAAAAUUCAUUAAGUGUACUACCAACAGGCGCUUUUACAUAUCUUAAAAAUUUACAAAUUCUUUCCCUAGCACAUAAUAAUAUUACCGAAAUUACGGUAAAUUUAUUACGUGAUUUAAAAAAAUUGAAAACACUACAUUUGGAUGGUAAUCGAAUACCUGUGCAACAAUUUAAUUUACUCUUUACGGAUAUACCACAGCUGGAACGUUUAGAGCUUAAUGAAUGUGGCUUAAGUAUUGGUGCAGUAAAUGAUUUAGCAUUGAAUAAAUUUCAUUCAUUACGACAACUUGGCCUUGCUGGUAAUAUGCUUGGUAAAGUACCAAUAAGUGUAUUACGUAAUUAUUUAAGUUCAUUAAAUACACUUGAUUUAAGUAAUAAUGAACUUGUUGAAAUUGAAUCAGAAAUAUUUGCUAAAACAAAUAUUACACGAUUAUUACUUGCUGGUAAUCAACUUGGUAAUCAUCAACAUGCAUUAUCAUUUAAUUCAUUAAAAACUGGAAUAGCAAUACGUGAAUUGGAUUUAUCACGGAAUAAUUUUCAACAUUUUCAUGCGGAAAAUCUUGGAAUAGCUCGUAAUACGGUGGAAAUUUUACAUUUAAACGAAAAUCAUAUUAAUGGUAUUGGACAAUGGCUAACAGCUAAUAUGACAAAACUUAAAAUACUUCAUUUGGGUUAUAAUUUUAUUGAAUAUUUACCACAACAAUUACCCAAUGAAUUUGCACAACUUGUAUUUCUAAAUUUAUCCGGUAAUCAAUUAACAACAUUAUUGGAACAUUUACGAGAAAUUUUACCAAUGCUACGAAUGAUUGAUAUUUCGGAAAAUCGAUUUACAUCAUUUCCAGUAACAAUAAUUCAAAAUUUUCUCAAUAAUUUGGAUAAAGUUAGUUUUUUUUUUCGUUUGUCUCAUUUGAAUUUAUCGUUAUUUAAUUUAAAUUAA